CCGCCUCAUCCCGGCCGCGCCGCCGGCCAGGCCCCGGGAGAAACCGGGAGGAAGAUGACGCGUCCUAGCCGCAGUCCGCUAGAAGCAGGACUCGCUGCAAAGCCCUAGGAAGAAAGAGCUCGGAGCCGGGGCUCGGCGUGUUCCGAGCCGAGCCAGGAGAACCGCUCCGGGAGCUGCCCUCCCUUUGCGGCGGAGGACUCGCCCAGGCGCUAUCCGAGUGGAGGUUGGGAGCAUUUGCAGCAGAAUUUUUGGCUUUCCCUCCCCCUCCAUACAUUACCCCCUCCUCCUUUUUCAGUUUUUCUUCUUCCGAGGAAGAGAAUUGCUGCUGCCAAGGGGACUUUAUUCAUUAAUGAUGCAACUGGAUUCGUUUCAGGAUUAUGUUGCACGAAUUGAAUUUUGAAUGAAGGUUUUUUUUUUUUUUUUUUUCUGAAAGAAGUGUUGACUCUAGUUCGUUGUGCUUUUAAUUAUUAUUUUAUUUAAAUAUACAAUUUAAUUGUAUUAUUCUCUUAAAAAUAUUAAAUCUAUAUUUUAUGGAAACUUACCCUCAAGAUAUAUAUGUUUAUGGGUGAAAUUGAAGACGCUUCCAUUAAGUGAGGUGACUGGUGUAUUGGAUGUUUAAUUCAGCAUCGGCAUUGCAUGACAGUUGUUGAAAUAACAAGUGGUUUAUUUUUAAAAGCCACAUCUUUCAAAUUUUAGGUUCAGAUAGUAACAGUAGACAUCGUAAGGGCAUUGAAAAGAAAACCAGCAGAAAUCGAAGCAAACAUGUCCGGAGAAGUGCGUUUGAGGCAGUUGGAGCAGUUUAUUUUAGAUGGGCCAGCUCAGACCAAUGGGCAGUGCUUCAGUGUGGAGACUUUACUGGACAUACUCAUCUGUCUUUACGAUGAAUGCAAUAAUUCUCCAUUGAGAAGAGAGAAGAACAUUCUUGAAUAUCUAGAAUGGGCUAAACCAUUUACUUCUAAAGUGAAGCAAAUGCGAUUACAUAGAGAAGACUUUGAAAUAUUAAAGGUGAUUGGUCGAGGAGCUUUUGGGGAGGUUGCUGUAGUUAAACUGAAAAAUGCAGAUAAAGUGUUUGCCAUGAAAAUUCUGAACAAGUGGGAGAUGCUGAAGCGAGCUGAGACAGCAUGCUUUCGUGAAGAGAGGGAUGUGUUGGUAAAUGGAGACAAUAAGUGGAUAACCACUCUGCACUAUGCGUUUCAGGAUGACAAUAACUUAUACCUGGUUAUGGAUUAUUAUGUUGGUGGGGAUUUACUUACUCUGCUCAGCAAAUUUGAAGAUAGAUUGCCUGAAGAGAUGGCUCGGUUUUACUUGGCAGAGAUGGUGAUAGCCAUUGACUCAGUUCACCAGCUCCACUAUGUUCACAGAGACAUCAAACCUGACAAUAUAUUAAUGGAUAUGAAUGGACAUAUUCGUUUAGCAGAUUUUGGUUCUUGUCUGAAGCUGAUGGAAGAUGGAACGGUCCAGUCCUCAGUGGCAGUUGGAACUCCAGAUUAUAUUUCUCCGGAAAUCCUUCAGGCUAUGGAAGACGGAAAAGGCAGAUAUGGACCAGAGUGUGACUGGUGGUCUUUGGGGGUCUGUAUGUAUGAGAUGCUUUAUGGAGAAACGCCAUUCUAUGCAGAAUCUCUGGUGGAGACAUAUGGAAAAAUUAUGAAUCACAAAGAGAGGUUUCAGUUUCCGACCCAAGUGACUGACGUGUCAGAAAACGCUAAAGAUCUUAUUCGAAGACUCAUUUGUAGCAGAGAGCAUCGACUUGGCCAGAAUGGAAUAGAAGACUUUAAGAAACAUCCGUUUUUCAGUGGAAUUGAUUGGGAUAAUAUUCGAAACUGUGAAGCACCUUACAUUCCAGAAGUUAGUAGCCCAACAGAUACAUCAAAUUUUGAUGUGGAUGACGACUGUUUAAAAAAUUCUGAAACAAUGCCUCCACCAACACACACUGCAUUUUCUGGCCAUCAUCUGCCAUUUGUUGGUUUUACAUAUACUAGUAGCUGUGUUCUUUCGGAUCGGAGCUGUUUAAGAGUCACAGCAGGUCCCACCUCACUGGAUCUUGAUGUUAAUGUCCAGAGGACUCUAGAUAAUAAUUUAGCAACUGAAGCUUAUGAAAGAAGAAUUAAACGGCUGGAACAGGAAAAGCUUGAACUUACUAGAAAACUUCAAGAGUCAACACAGACUGUUCAGGCUCUACAGUAUUCAACUGUUGAUGGUCCACUAACAGCAAACAAAGAUUUAGAAAUUAAAAGUCUGAAAGAAGAGAUUGAAAAACUAAGGAAACAAGUAGCAGAAGUGAACAAUUUGGAACAGCAACUUGAAGAAGCUAAUUCUGUGAGACGAGAGCUAGAUGAUGCUUUUAGGCAAAUCAAAGCUUUUGAAAAACAAAUCAAAACUUUGCAGCAGGAAAGAGAAGAACUAAAUAAGGAUCUAGUCCAGGCUAGUGAGCGAUUAAAAAACCAAUCCAAAGAGCUGAAAGAUGCACACUGUCAGAGGAAACUGGCAAUGCAGGAGUUCAUGGAGAUCAAUGAGCGACUAACAGAAUUGCACACCCAAAAGCAGAAACUUGCUCGCCAUGUCCGAGAUAAGGAAGAAGAGGUGGACCUGGUGAUGCAAAAAGCUGAGAGCUUAAGGCAGGAGCUGCGCAGAGCAGAAAGAGCCAAGAAAGAGCUGGAGGUUCACACUGAAGCUCUAAUUGCUGAAGCAUCAAAGGACAGGAAGCUCCGAGAGCAGAGUGAACAUUAUUCUAAGCAACUGGAAAAUGAAUUGGAGGGACUGAAGCAAAAACAAAUUAGUUACUCACCAGGAAUAUGCAGCAUAGAACAUCAGCAAGAGAUAACUAAACUGAAAACUGACUUGGAAAAGAAAAGUAUCUUUUAUGAAGAAGAAAUAUCUAAAAGAGAAGGAAUUCACGCAAAUGAGAUUAAAAAUUUGAAGAAGGAGCUGCAUGACUCAGAGGGCCAGCAACUUGCUCUCAACAAAGAAAUUAUGGUUUUAAAAGACAAAUUGGAAAAAACCAGGAGAGAAAGUCAAAGUGAAAGGGAAGAAUUUGAAAAUGAGUUCAAACAACAAUAUGAACGAGAAAAAGUAUUAUUAACUGAAGAAAAUAAAAAAUUAACAAGUGAACUUGAUAAGCUGACGUCCUUGUAUGAGAGCGUGAGUUUGCGAAACCAGCACUUAGAAGAAGAGGUCAAAGAUCUAGCAGAUAAGAAGGAAUCUGUCGCCCACUGGGAAGCCCAAAUCACAGAGAUAAUCCAGUGGGUGAGCGAUGAGAAGGAUGCACGAGGCUAUCUUCAGGCUUUAGCUUCUAAAAUGACUGAAGAAUUGGAAGCGUUAAGAAAUUCCAGCUUGGGGACACGAGCAACAGAUAUGCCCUGGAAAAUGCGUCGUUUUGCAAAACUGGACAUGUCAGCUAGACUAGAGUUGCAGUCUGCCUUGGAUGCAGAAAUAAGAGCUAAACAGGCCAUCCAGGAAGAGCUGAAUAAAGUCAAAGCAUCUAACAUCAUAACAGAAUGUAAACUGAAAGACUCAGAGAAGAAGAACUUGGAACUGUUGUCCGAAAUUGAGCAGCUGAUAAAGGACACUGAAGAACUUAGAUCUGAAAAGGGUAUAGAGCACCAAGACUCACAGCAUUCUUUCUUGGCAUUUUUGAAUACGCCUACCGAUGCUCUGGACCAAUUUGAAAUUGCAGACUGUGCUCCACUUCCAGUUCACACACCAACCUUAAGGAAAAAGGGAUGCCCAGCUUCAACUGGUUUUCCACCCAAGCGCAAGACUCAUCAGUUUUUCGUGAAGUCUUUCACUGCCCCUACCAAGUGCCAUCAGUGUACCUCCUUGAUGGUUGGUUUGAUAAGACAGGGCUGUUCCUGUGAAGUCUGUGGGUUCUCUUGUCAUAUAACUUGUGUGAACAAAGCUCCGACAGCUUGCCCGGUUCCUCCUGAGCAAACUAAAGGCCCACUUGGUAUAGACCCCCAGAAGGGAGUAGGGACGGCGUAUGAGGGCCAUGUCAGGAUUCCUAAGCCGGCGGGAGUGAAGAAAGGGUGGCAGAGAGCACUGGCUGUGGUCUGUGACUUCAAACUCUUUCUUUAUGAUAUCGCCGAGGGAAAAGCAUCGCAGCCCAGCUCUGUCAUUAGUCAAGUGAUUGACAUGAGAGAUGAAGAAUUUUCUGUGAGUUCAGUCUUGGCUUCUGAUGUUAUUCAUGCAAGUCGAAAAGAUAUUCCCUGUAUAUUUAGAGUGACAGCUUCCCAGCUCUCAGCACCUAGUAACAAAUGCUCCAUCCUGAUGCUUGCAGACAGCGAGGGUGAGAGGAAUAAGUGGGUGGGAGUGCUGAGUGAACUCCACAAGAUCCUGAAGAAAAACAAGUUCAGAGACCGCUCAGUGUAUGUUCCCAAGGAGGCUUACGACAGUACCCUACCCCUCAUUAAAACAGCGCAGGCCGCUGCCAUCAUAGAUCAUGAACGGAUAGCUUUGGGAAAUGAAGAAGGAUUAUUUGUUGUGCAUGUCACCAAAGAUGAGAUUAUUAGAGUUGGUGAUAAUAAGAAAAUUCAUCAGAUUGAACUCAUUCCUAGCGACCAGCUUGUUGCUGUGAUCUCAGGCCGAAAUCGCCACGUCCGACUUUUUCCUAUGUCAGCUUUGGAUGGGCGAGAGACAGAUUUUUAUAAACUGGCAGAGACUAAAGGUUGCCAAACCAUAGCUGCUGGGAAAGUGCGUCAUGGAGCUCUGUCCUGCCUGUGUGUGGCCAUGAAAAGACAGGUCCUCUGCUAUGAACUCUUCCAGAGCAAGACCAGGCACAGGAAAUUUAAGGAGAUUCAAGUCCCAUGUAAUGUCCAGUGGAUGGCCAUCUUCAGUGAACAUCUCUGUGUGGGAUUCCAGUCAGGAUUUCUCAGAUACCCCCUGAAUGGCGAAGGAAGUCCAUGCAAUAUGCUCCAUUCAAAUGACCACACACUGUCAUUCAUUACACACCAACCAAUGGAUGCCAUCUGUGCAGUUGAAAUCUCCAAUAAAGAGUAUUUGCUGUGUUUUAACAGCAUUGGGAUAUACACAGACUGCCAGGGCCGAAGAUCUAGGCAGCAGGAGCUGAUGUGGCCAGCAAACCCUUCCUCCUGUUGUUACAAUGCACCGUAUCUCUCCGUGUAUAGUGAAAAUGCAGUUGAUGUCUUUGAUGUAAACUCCAUGGAAUGGAUACAGACUCUUCCUCUCAAAAAGGUCCGACCUUUAAACACUGAAGGAUCAUUAAAUCUCUUAGGUUUGGAGACCAUUAGAUUAAUAUAUUUCAAAAAUAAGAUGGCAGAAGGGGAUGAACUUGUAGUUCCUGAAACAUCAGAUAAUAGUCGGAAGCAAAUGGUUAGAAAUAUCAACAACAAACGGCGUUACUCCUUCCGAGUCCCAGAAGAAGAGAGGAUGCAGCAGAGGAGGGAGAUGCUACGAGAUCCAGAAAUGAGAAAUAAAUUAAUUUCUAACCCAACUAAUUUUAACCACAUAGCACACAUGGGUCCUGGAGAUGGAAUACAGAUCCUAAAAGACCUGCCCAUGCCUGGUCUCCCUUAUUCACCCCCUCAUCACCACUCCAGCCUGAUCUCCUCUCCGAGCAACUUUGAGCACAUCUAUCACAUGACUGUCAAUUCUGCUGAGCAGUUUCUCUCUCCUGACCCCAUAGACCCUGGGCACCCCCCACCCCUGCGCUCUGCCCCUGGGAGACCACACUCUGGGGCUCUGAGGAACCCACGGUCUCAGGAAAGCCGGACAGUAUUCAGUGGCUCCGUCAGCAUUCCCUCCAUCACCAAGUCCCGCCCUGAGCCAGGCCGCUCCAUGAGUGCCAGCAGUGGCCUGUCUGCACGGUCAUCAGCCCAGAAUGGCAGUGCACUGAAGAGGGAAUUCUCUGGAGGAAGCUACACCACCAAGCGACAGCCCAUGCCCUCUCCCUCGGAGGGCUCUUUGUCAUCAGGAGGCAUGGACCAAGGAAGUGACGCCCCUGCAAGGGACUAUGAUGGAGAGGACUCUGAUUCUCCAAGGCAUUCCACAGCUUCCAACAGCUCUAACCUGAGCAGCCCCCCAAGCCCUGUUUCACCCCAAAAGACUAAGAGCCUGUCCCUGGAGAGCACAGACCACGGGAGCUGGGAUCCAUGAGCCCAGGACCAGUGACUGCAGGCAGGGACUCUACACUCCCACUCCGACAACGACAACGUGCCUGGCAGCAGCUUUGUCUUCUGCACUGCUGCAGUGAGGAUUCCUCUGCAGCCAGGCCCGCUUCACCCUCCCCCCAUCCCCAGGUAGCUUCUGUAGACAGACUGCGCAGACGCAGCGCUAAGAGUAGACCGGUUGUGUUCUCACCGUAGCCCUCACGUAGCGCCCAGCAGCCUCCAUGAGCGUCAGCCGACCGUUGCCAGGAAAUAAACCCUCACAAAUUAAAACAAUGCAUAUUUUACUAUAAUACAGAGUUUAAAUAAAUACAUAGAUGUAGAAGUUAAAUACUGAAUGUAAAUAGUCAAAGAAGCAUCUUGUGUUCGAUGAAAGAUGGAUGCGUAUAUAAGAAAGAUCAUUUAAUUUAAAGAAAUGUGUUGUUUCUUGUCUGUUUCCCAGCUAUGUCAUAUACAGGGUAGAAAGGCCUCAAGUGACAUUUGUAAAGAGAUCAGAAGUCAGGUCCCUGUGGUAUCUGUCCUCAGGCUGAGGCAGGCUGAGGUCCCAGGGAAAUCUAAGGACUGUUUAGAGAUGAGUGCCACUGGUGGGUGUGACCUGGACACCACCGGUGGUGGUGAAGCCACUCCGGAGGCACACUUGCCUCCCAAGGCAUUUUUCUCUAGCUAUCAGUUAGAACAUGUCCCCAACUUACUAUAUUUUGCUAUCUCACACAGAUGAAUGUGAAACAGUUCUGUCACCUUCCAGCCCUUCCCAUCAUAAUGGGAAAUUCAUGGCUUCUAAAGAUCAUGGACUGGUCAUGCAGCUGCUUUUUGUUCCGGCUAACCCUUACCCUUCUCUCGGUUGUAGUGAGGAGUCUCUGGACUGAGCACAACUUCCCUGUUUGGUUAAGAGUGGCUGUGAACACAGUGCUGGGGAAAGUUUCUCCUUACUACAUCAUGUAAAACCUCAGAAGCAUAGGCUUGAACAGCCUUGACCAAAUAUGCCUUCCCACGUGAGGGGACAGUAGGGCCUGAGGUGUGCUGGCCACCAUGGACUGUGAGCCAGCUUUCCCUCUGGAUAUCUGCUGCUGCACUUGUCCCAGGAAGCAAGAGGAAGACCAGGAUUCCUCUACUCACACGUCCACCAGCUAAGAACACAGGAGGGAAAAGGCGGAAACUAGUGCCCAGGGAGUAAAGAGGCCUGUCACUUAAUUCUCACCUCUUUGGGGUUGGAAGAGCCACUGUUUCCCAACCACAUCUAAAAUACAUUUCCAAAGUCGCUAACCUACCAGGCAUGCUGACCUUUGGCACAGCAUGGUACCCAGGCCCUGUGGGUCAGACUCACCAGCCACGUGGCUUUAUGGAGGGCGUUAGAGAGUUCAGGGAAGGGAGAUGGUAACAGGCACUUGGGCUGGGGUCUUUGUAAGCAGCUGCUUUGACAGACACCCUAUAGAGUCUCAGCUCCAACAUAAGCACGCUUUCUUUCGGGCGGGCACUGUCAUUCUCCAUUUAUCCUUUUGGAAAUGAAUCAUAUAAAAAUAACUUGUGUACACCCAAAACAAGGCUCAGAUCUUUAGUUUGGCUAGAGCUUGAACCAGACACUUUGCUUGAAAGAGCUGCCUCCCCUGCCCUCCGUCCUCUCCCUCUUCUUUCUCCUUCCCCCAGCAGAAGCCUGGCCAGGCUGAGCCCGACUGAACUCUACCCCGAGCCUUUGGUUUGUAGUUUUGACAACCAGUUGUGAGUUUUUGUUGCCUGCAGGUGCUUGUUUGUAAAAGAACCCUUUUAGUCCAAACCUCCACAUCCUAAAGUCCAGCUGCACUUCAGUGAACCCCACCCCAGCUCUGCCCCAAGGACCCCUGUGAAUUGGUGGAUUUCCCACUGCAGUCAAAGAACCAGGCAUCCUAAUAGCAGCCCUCCGGCCCAGAGUGUGGGGUGGAGUUCUAAUAACCACUGUCUUACCGGAUUCAUCCAGCCUUAUCCAGCCUUAUGAGAAGAGUGUUCCUGUCAGAAGCUGUGGGAAAGGAUGGGGAAAGAUGACUAACAAACAGGUGUCCAGGAGACAGAAACAGAGAUUCCUCAGAGCACUCAACAACAAAGGUUAGAGAAAAGGAAGGGCUUAGGCCCUCCUUGAUGUCACUCUCCCCACCCCGUGCAAGGUAUUUGAAAGUGUGUGGCAGUGGGAGUUGAUCCAAAAAUGGGAAAAAAAAUUAAGAGACAUUUCUGAUAUAGUAUCUAUGGGUGAGUACCUGGUGCUGUGUCCAGCCUGUAUGCUGUUUACCCUUUGAACUCCGGCUUAUCUGUUAUGUGGGUUUUGGGUGGGUAUACAAAAUAUUACAGGGUUUGGUUUUGGUUUUGCCAAAAACAAAAGCCUUCCUAUCACUGAUUGCUAAAGCAGACUUUUUGAAAUUUGUAUGCAUACUCUCUGUGCUUGGCCACUUGCAUUCUUUCCCGGUGAGCACAGCGUCAAGACUGUGGGGAUAACUGCGAUGGCCUGUUUGGCUUUCCAGUGAAUAGCCAAGCUUAAAACGCAUCUGAAACGCCUGUCAUUCCCACCAGCCCUUCCUCAGCUACUCUUCUUUCAUGUUAGAAUCCUGUCAUUUUGUUAACAUAGUGGCCAUGUUUAUUUCUAGGCAAGUUCAGCUGCCUUGUGUGGGUCCUCGGGUAUAAUUAAAGAGAAACCAGAGCAGAGGGGCAGCCUCCAUUCUCAGUGCAGCAGCCCACAUGCAGUCUUGGCAGUGACCGCAAAUUCAAUUCUCCCAGCUCAGCAGACCUGGCUGACACCCCCCACCCACAGCACAGGUGUACUUAAAACAGCUGACACCCUGCUGUGGGUCACAGUCUGCCAUAGCCCAAGACCACUGGCCCCUUCUAGUCCCACCUGGCCCCGCUACAUUGCAUCUCCCUGUACACUUGGAGUGGCUCAUACCUUGUUGGGACCUUCAGUCUUCACAAGUCCAGGGGUCCUUGUAGAGUCCUGCUACACUGAGUGUCUCCUGCCAGCUCCAGUACCACUCUCCCGUCCCAGGGACAGCUUUACCCAGAGCCCUACUUCAGUUGUAGGAGACUGACUGCCUUAAGUCAGCCUUGAUGCCAUUGAAAACAAAAUGACCUUCUUAUUUGAUAGAAUAACAACAUUUAUUUUAUACAUUUUUAGGAUUUUUUUCUCAUUGUGAUAUUAUUGUACAGUUUUGCAUGGCCUCAGUGUAAUCAUUUUUGUUCAGAAUAUCCUGCUGACCAGUGUGUGUGCAGAAGGGAAGAUACCGCUCCGGCCUCUUCGCACUCACUUGGUUUGGUUUCAUCCCUGAUGUCCUAGGCAAUUUCCUGAGAGUGUCUGCUACCAAACUAUGACGUGGAUUCUUUUGCACAGAAGUAUUUAAGGUGGGGUGGUCAAAAAUGUAACAAAGGAUGUCUCACCAAUAUUUUAUGUUGGUAUCACCUAAUUAACCAGACUUUGAUGUACUGCAAUAAAAUAAGGAACUGUUAGCAUUGA